AGUAUCAGCAAAGACCAGAAGGGAGAUUAUAUACAGUCAGUUUACAUUUUGCACUGCAGGAUUAGAUCUCCAUCCACAAGGGGGUGACUGGACCACAUCACAUACCCCAUACUGUGACGUGACGCUUCUGUGCCUCGCAUGGAUUAAUCUGGAAGACGUUUGCUGCCACAUUUCUUGGUUAAUAUAUUUCUGGUCGGAGUUGGUUCGAUUUCCGUCUUUAAAUCGCUGUUUUACACGCGCCUUCGUUCAGGUGAGAGCUCUGAACGCUUUUUAGUGCAGUUCUUCGUGUGCACUUGGAGGCUCCGAGCGCAGCCAAAUGAAUUAGUUUCGCCGCAUGACGUCAGCAAUACCUCACCAGCGCAGCGCUGAGCAGGGAGGGAGCUGCUGAAGAGGAUAUGAGGAGAAAUCGUGGAAGAGGACCCAGUCCGACCUUGUCUGGCUCGCAGUCCCGCGCCUGGUUGUGCGUGGACGCCGCUAAACUAGUUGGCGGCGUGUAAUGCUCCUUCCGGCGCGUAGCGUGGACCUUUUGGCUUCAUUCAUGCUUUUUAUUUGCAGCACUUCCACGUCGGACUGAUGUUCGCAGGAAUAGAUCAACACUGCUCCAACCUCUUCCGCAUAUUGGAUUUCUAUGCAAAGAGAAGGUCGCCUAUGUCCCUCCAAGGAUUCGGGAAAUGAAAGCAGCUGCUUACAUAUAGUUUCUUUUAUUUCGAAUCGCUUCUGGCGAAGUUCUAAUGAAGGGAUUUCCUCAACUUUUAAACCAUUAUUCGCUUUCUAUGUGGAAUAACUCCCGCCAUUCGUUUAUUUGAUCCGACUUUUUGGACGCGCGCGUGCAGCGCAGUGUACGACGCACACAUCCAAACACGAUGCAUUUAAUGUAAGAUAACAUCUGACUGUACAAAGUGCCAAAUUAAGCCGGAAUGGCGGACGUGUGUAAUCGCUACGUUGUGGAAAAGUACAUCUGCCAUAAACUCUCUAAACGGGGCUACGCGUGGCGAGUCCACGAAGCCCACGACGACGGCGCCGCUGCUAAUAACGGCUCGGUAGUUUCCCCGCCGCCGACUUUGGCCCGCCGGUGCCGUGAAGGCAGCACCGGGCCCGACAGCGAGGGCACCCCCCACCGCUGCAGACGGCUGCCUCAGUCCGACGCGCACGCCGCCAUUCACAGAGUCCUGCGCGAGGCUGGGGAUGAACUUGAGCGACUGUACCAGCCGGACUUCACGGAGAUGUCCCGGCAGCUGUAUCUCACCUCCACCACGGCGCAGAGGCGCUUCGCCGAGGUGAUAGACGAACUGUUCCGGGACGGGGUGAACUGGGGCCGGAUUAUCGCCUUCUUCGAGUUCGGCGGCACCGUGUGCGUGGAGUGCGCCUCCAAGGAGGAGAUGACCUCGCAGGUGACCAACAUCGUGGAGUGGAUGACGGAGUAUUUAAAUGGGCCUCUUAACAGCUGGAUACAAGAUAACGGGGGAUGGGACGCCUUCGUGGACCUCUAUGACAGACAGAGGGAGUCCGUCUUCAGCUGCUCCUGGCCCUCCAUCAAGACGGUCUUCGGCCUCGCGGCCCUCGGCGCCGCCAGCCUCACCAUCGGAGCGUACCUUACGCAGAAAUGAUCCGGUCUCAUUCCCACCAGCUGUUUUUUUUUUUUUUUUUUUUUUAUUUUUCACCCCAACACCCUUCUGCUCUUUCCCUUUUAAAGACUCCCUGACCCCUCAGAGACAACGUUCAGGCUCCCUCCAGCCUCUUCAAAGGCUCCUCACAGAAAACAGACGCGACUCAAAACACGUGAGAGGAGCCGACGCGCAGAGCGAAGGACGCCUCGGAGACGGGCAGCGUCGAUGGAAGCUGAGCACAAGCGAGGGACGAGGGACGGAUCAGCAUGCGUCUGUCGUGUUGUCCUGCCUGCUUCUACUAGUUAUAGCAUGAGCGUUGAGUGUUAGUGUAGACGUUGCAUGUGCUCGAGGAUGACGGGGAUGCAGAUCGUGACGAGGGUCCGCAGCCUCACCUCGGCCCGUCGGGGCGCGAGGACCCCGUUUGAACUGGCGCCCCCCCCACCCCCCGCCCCACUCGCCCACCACUUCAGCCGUCCUUCAAAGGACUUCCUCCACAGAACAGCUGCUCAGAAUGUAUAAUGGAAACUGCUUGCUGCAAGCAGCACAGUGUGCGUCUGCUGCUUUUAUUCCUCAGACAGCUCCAGUGCUCCGAACACACAGCACCAUUAUACUCCCUCUCCUGGCCUUUAAACAGAGGAUGGGCCGCCGGAGGGACGAGUUCAACGUUUGGAAAGUUUUUGAAAGCUCCUUGAUUUUUUUUUUGGGGGGGGGGGGGGGUGGGGGGGGGGGUUGUCAUUUUCGCAACACUUCGAACUCUUCAUUGUCUGGUUCUAGUUUUCAUAAGGACUGGGAAACAUGCUGAAGGAGCACGUUGUUGCAGAAAAAAAAAUGUUUUGUGUUGAUGAAUAUACUGAGAAAAGUGUCAACACAGCAGAAAGGAGGGAGAGAGAGAGAGAGAGAGAGAAAGAGAGACAGAGAGAGAGAGAGAGAAGUGAAACAAACAUUGCAUUUUGCAUGUGAAGCAGAGUGGACCCGUGCGACACAAAUGGACAAGGUGCUCAGGGCGCAUUCCUCAACAGCAGUGAUGUGACUGAGAGCACUCCUCUGCUGCGGUUUCCUUUUUAUAAUAAUAACGAGCGGCAGCAGCAGCAGCUCUCAGAGCUCCCGUUUGCUUUCUCUGCAGCAGCCCUUCGCUCGUUCUGCUCCAGUAGCAGAAGCCACGUUCCCAGAGCUGACCUUUUCCAACAUGUGGCCUCCAGCUGCUCGGAACCCACGGCAGCGCUGUGCUGCGACGUGGACUCUGGGCCGAGGGGGGUUCGGUUGGUCUCUGAAGCGGGCGGGACCCAGAGGUAUCGCUUUCCUUCAGAUGCAUCCAGCCAUCGAUCCCUUCGUUUCAGACCGUUUUUAUCGACGUUCGUCUUGUGUUACGGUCUGAUAGAAUUUUUUUUUUUUUUGGAAAAAGGCUCACGCAAAACCUCCAAAAUAUUUCAUUGUGUGUGGAAGAGUGAUUUUAUUUGUGUCAUUUCAACAGCUUCGAUGUCGCAUGAAUGACAGAUACUGCCGUCACCCAAUAAACAUUCACUCCGUGUCGGUGUAUUUAUGACAGAAUAGGGUAGAAGACAAACAAAAGCAGGAAAGAAGUCGCGUUUUUAUUUAUGAAGAGGUACCAGAUCUGAUUUUUUUUAACAAACGAACAGUAGCUUAACGUCUAUUCUAUGGAAUCACACUGUAACUCGUCGUUUCCUGGCUGCUAACAUAACGAGAAAAAUGUUUAAAAAGUGAAUUUCUGUGUUGUAUUGACAUUGGCUUACGGCUGCUAUACUGUUGAUUUAACUCCUACUCACAGCUUAAACUGCCACGAAAUUACAGUAUAGAUCGAGAGCUGGAAACCAAAGUUAACUUGUAUUAACCUUUAAUUUAAAACCAGUCGCUUGAUGAUGAUCCGUGUUGCUUCGCCUCCACUGAGCGUCCGAUCGCCCGGGGUUUGUCUAGUGUUACUGUACUAUAUCCGCUUUAUUCGUCCGAUGAAAACCCGGCCUCCGUGGACCCGCCACACCCGCACCGGGUCUCAGUUCGUCCUUAUAACCAGACCUCCUGCCGUGUUCGAUGUGACGUGACGUGUGUGUAAACGGGAUGCAGCGAGUGAUUGAUGAGCAGGACGAGGAGCGUUAUAAAAGCAAUAUACUGUAAUUUUUAUAUUCUCUGUGCAUAUAUGAAUGUAGGCACUAUGGUUGCUGUACUGUUUUAUGUCUAUAAUCACAAACCUGUAGCACUUAAAAAAAAGUGAAAUGUGUUUCUGUUGUUUACUGCUAUAUCCACGAUAAGCUAGCGGGAUCAUAUUGUUCCUAAUAAACCCGAUUUCUGAAGCAGCUCCA